UCAGCUGGUCCACGGUUUCUCGAAACAACCAGUGCUAAGAGAUUGUUAAAAAGUUAAUUUACAUACUGCAACGUUGUUGCAUCCACAAUAAUGCAUUUUGUUUUGCAGUAACAUUUGCACUGUAAGAGCGAUUUUUGUUUUUAUUUGUUCAAUGCCUUAAAAAAUAAUAAUAAUAAUAUUAAUCUAAACAGAAUUUUGAAACAACAUUAGACAGAUGCAAGUAUUAUAUUUGGGCUUCUUUUCACGCUCCACUCUUCGUCACAAGCGUGUCCUAAACACUUAUUAACCAACUCUAUACUAUAUACUGUUUCUUCCUUUUCCGGGUUUCAUAAAAGCAUUAGUAAGCAUAAUCCGUGGACACUUUUACAAGAAAUAAAUAAAAUAAUAAUAUACACGGAUCAAGUCGUGUCAAAAACGAUUAUAGCAGGGAUUAAAAUACCUGUAUGUACCACUAAAUUAUGAUUUAAAUAUAUAGAGCUUCCUUAUAGACCAAGGUCACCUCCAUCCGCCAUACUUUAGUAUUGGAUUUGCACGACUUCAAUUUUCCGAUCAAUAUAAAACCCGCGCGAGGUGUCACCGACGCAGUAAGCCAAUUAAACAUUAUCAGAGUCACAGUGAUCAACUCUGCAUUGGAUUAUAAAGAGCUUCUCUUCUUUCAGUGAAAGAUGUCUCAGGAUAUGAAGGAGAAGCUGGAAAAUUACCGCACGGCUCCCUUUGACGCCAGGUUCCCCAACCAGAACCAAACCAGGAACUGCUGGCAGAACUACCUGGAUUUUCAUCGCUGCCAGAAGGCUCUGAUUGCCAAAGGCACGGAUGUUACCCCUUGUGAUUGGUACCUGAGGGUGUAUAAAUCGUUGUGCCCCGUAUCCUGGUUGUCUAAGUGGGAUGAGCAAAGGGAGAAUGGGACAUUCCCCGGAAAAAUCUAAAACCAAUUCACUAGAUCCGCAUCCCAAGGCGGCACCUCUUCAAGACAAUGUUGGGUUGGUCAGAUCUUCCCAAGAAGUUAUCAAAGCUCUUGUAACAAAUGUGUGAUGAAUUUAAAAAAGGCACCUUUUAAUCUUUAAGGGUCCAAACAAUAAACCUUCAGGAAAUAA